UCCACAGGAGGGUAGCUGGGAACCAAUGGGAACCUGGGGGCCUGGGAUGAUGGCUGCGCCCGCCUCCUCCAAGCUUCCUGCGACGCGGACGCGCGCGCAAGCUCGGCGGCGACGGCGACGCGCAGGGCCAGGCCCGCACUCCGGGGCUACGGUGGGCGGCGGCCUCGCGCCCCGGAGCCAGCGCGCACCCGGCUUCCUCCUUCCGGCGUGGCUACAUCCCUGCACCCCGCGCGCCGCCAGUAGCGGCGCGAAGGCUUGGGGCGGGGCUGGCCUCCAGGACACCCGGGACGCCCACAGGCCCCGCGAGGCCGGAGCGGAGCGCCGGCAGCCGGGGAGGAGCGCGCGGGUACCGGCUGCACGGAGGGACAAGAGGAGCCCCAGACCUCAAGCAGGGCAAGAACAGCAUGGGCAUGUGACACCUUCAACCCCAGGCCGCAGAUGGUUCGUGAUGGAAAAUGUGAACCCGUCAGGAAGGGUCAUUGAAUGGCUCCCGUUUGACAACAUGCACCACCAGUGGCUGCUGCUGGCUGCAUGCUUUUGGGUGAUUUUCAUGUUCAUGGUGGCCAGCAAGUUCAUCACGUUGACUUUUAAAGACCCGGAUGGAUAUAGUGCCAAACAGGAGUUUGUUUCCCUGACAACCAUGCCGGAAGCAGGGAAGCUCAGAGGAGAGAAGCAUUUUCCUGAGGAUACGAAGCCAACGGGGAAGCUGCUCUCGGAUGGCCAUCCUGACCAGCCCCAGGUUUAUCUGGAACGGCUGGAGCUCAUCAAAAAUGCCUGCCGGGAAGAGGCUCUGAGGAACCUCUCACACACUGAGGUCUCAAAGUUUGUCCUCGAUCGAAUAUUCGUGUGUGACAAGCACAGGAUUCUUUUCUGUCAGACUCCCAAAGUGGGCAACACCCAGUGGAAGAAAGUGCUGAUCGUCCUAAACGGAGCAUUUUCUUCCAUCGAAGAGAUCCCCGAAAAUGUGGUCCAUGACCACGAGAAAAAUGGCCUUCCGCGUCUCUCCUCCUUCAGCAAGACAGGAAUUCAGAAGCGAUUGAAAACAUACUUCAAGUUUUUUAUUGUCAGAGAUCCCUUCGAAAGACUGAUUUCCGCCUUUAAGGAUAAGUUUGUUCACAAUCCACGCUUUGAGCCUUGGUACAGGCAUGAGAUCGCCCCUGGCAUUAUUAGAAAGUACAGGAAGGACCGGACGGAGACCCGGGGGAUCCAGUUUGAAGAUUUUGUGCGCUACUUAGGCGACCCAAACCGCAGAUGGUUAGACCUUCAGUUUGGGGACCAUAUCAUCCACUGGGUGACCUACGUAGAGCUUUGUGCACCCUGUGAGAUAAAGUACAGUGUGAUUGGACACCACGAGACCCUGGAGGAGGAUGCCCCGUAUAUCCUGAAAGAGGCCGGCAUAGACCACCUGGUGUCGUACCCCACGAUCCCUCCAGGCAUCACCUUGUACAAUAGAACUAAAGUGGAGCACUACUUCCUGGGCAUCAGCAAACGCGACAUCCGGCGCCUCUACGCACGCUUUGAAGGGGACUUUAAGCUCUUUGGGUAUCAGAAGCCAGAUUUUUUGCUAAAUUAAGGCAUAAGACCCUUGAAUUCUUGCUAGGUCAGGGGCUGACUAGUUGGGGGGGGGGUCUUAGCACAGAAAUGGAACUCCCUUCAACAUUUCUGUGGUUCUGUGACCAGGUGACGUUGGGCUUGUCUGCUUGUCUGAGCUUGGAUGUCAGAUGUUCUGAGGGCCCUGUGUCGUAUAUGCCAACCCCCCUCACCACCCUGUGUCAUUAGAAGGUCACUAGCCAUUACUCCAUGAGAGGUUAGCAGAGGCUGUUUGCAGACUGGCAGGCAGACCCAGAGCAGACAGUGUUAGAACCUGUUUCGGUGUUACAUUGCCAUUGGCACUGGCAGCUCAGCAGUGGCCAGGUGGUGUCACCCGUGACCUGUGGAUUGUACAGACACAGCACUUUGAAGAGAGAUCGAGAUGCUUAAUGGCUGCAGAAGUUACUGGAGCCCAUGCAGACUCAAAUCUAAGUCAUAAUGAUCCCUUUUUUCUUCCGCCUUGGAAUAACUAUAACCAUAGACACAGGUCAUAUAUGCCCCUCGAGCUUGAGGCCCUGUGGCAUUUGGUGGGGAUAGUUCCAGGACAGUGUGAGCAGUCUCUUCAAGAUCCAGGCUAGCUCUUUUUUUUUUUUUUUAAGACCUCUGACCCUCCAAGCACCUGCUUCAUUUUGCAGAAGAGAUUCCCUUCCUGAAAGUGAGGGGGGUUUCAGGAACAUCCCUGGGGACUUGGAACUUGGCGCAAGGAAGGAAGAACUGGAUGGUCCUGGGAACAGAGGCUGCCGUGGAAUCGGGUGCCUUUGCCUUGGCACCAGAUCCUGAUUUUAUCUUGGACUGAGCAGCAGGGACUCUCCCACCUGUCUCCUCCGUGAACCUCACUGUCCUGAAAGGGGAGAAAGACUAAGCGUUUCCAGCGGGUAGAUCCAGGCAGCUGCUGACGACAGCGGGCCACGUCAUGCCUGGCCUGCAGAAUCCAGUGCUGUCUCCACACUGCCAUGUCCGCUCAUGCCGACAGACAGGCUCCUCCAGCCCCGGUUCUAUCAGUGCCUCCAUUCCGGACUGAAAGGCCACAAGUUGGAUAAUCAGAUUCAACAGCAAUAAAAUCUCGGGUGAGGCCAGUCUGGCAACAUGCCCUCCAGGCUUCGAGGCCAACUCCAGCAAGAAGAAAGACACAUCAGCGUGUCAGCUGCCAACCAGCAGCCAAGUGCUACUACAGAUGACUGGACGGUCUACCUGAGGAAGUCUCUGGCACACGCAUGUGCCCAGGGUUGGGAGAAACUGUGCUGGCUUUUCCUAAAGGCCACAGCCCUCUUCUCCAAAAGUCUUCCUAAACGUGUAAAUGUGAAAGUAAAAUAAAAUUUAAAAUAUGUGCCAAAUCUUAACAGUGGAGAGGGGGCUCCAGGGCCACAGGUAACCCCUGAUGGCUUCAAGCUGAGGCCAGGCAUUGGGGCCGCGGACUGGAAUGAGGCUCAGCUUUUCCUGGUCAACCGAAAUGCCAAGAACGUAACAUUGGGUUGUUUUUAAAUGAAGUUUUAGCACAGCCUUUGUAAAAUCACUUCAGACCUAAACUGCUGAUCAUUGAUCUCGUCCCUGCUUUUUGACAGGCUUCAUUGUUAAAUAGCGUGUGUGGCAAUGGUGUUGAUAGCGUGUGUGAAGUUAAGGCCUUCCAGGUAGUUCUGAUUAAAGCGGCAUUUUCUCUCUU